UCUUUCACAUAGUACAAUCGCCUUCACUUUCUGCGCAAAGAAAAGCCUUCUUCUUCUCUUCCUUUUCUUACUAAUGCUUUUGAUCUUCUCCGCUAUCUCUUCGACACACCAUUUUAUCUUGGUUCUUCGAAGAGGUAAUUAAUUUAUUAAAUCCUUUUUUGUUUUUCAUUUUACAUUGUUCUCUUCGCCAUGCCUUUGCCUUGGAAGAAAUCAAAAUCCAAAUCGGGUCGGAUCUCCAGAUUCGUAUCGGGCCUCCAACAAUCACCGAAACGCGGCGGAUCGCUCGUUGUCGAGACUGGAUUCCCAACCUCUCUUAUCGAUCUCUUCGUUAAGAAUCGCGAUCGUCUCAACAAAUCUUCUUCUAAACGCAAAAAGAACAAAGCUCAGACACAAACCUUACCGAACCAUUCUCAUCCGACGGGGCGGUCUGUUUUGUCUCCGCCUCCUCUGCCUCAGAAGCUCGAUCCACCGUCGGUUACGGAGGAUCUUACGGCGGCGAGUAAGAUCGAGGAAAGUCCCCUCGGUGCGGAGAACAGAGACGACGGCGACCAUCGCGGCGGAGGAGGAUGCGUUAUGACGGUGGUGGUGAUUAAGGUUUUCAUGGUGGCCGUGCUCGCCUUGAGCACGAAGAAGCUAGCCGCGGGGAUCACUCUCUCCGCCUUCUCCCUCCUCUUCCUCGAGCGUGUGUUCACACUCCUAAAUCUCUGCCCCGACGCGCAGGUUCGGCUCGGUACGCUGAUUGGGAAGCUCAUAGGUAGGAAGCGUAUAGAGAAGCUAGAAGAAUCGUCAUCCUCACAGAGAGACAAGGUCUCUUUUGAAAUCAUCGAAAGCGUUGAGGAAACGUCGACAUUGGAUAAGGCGGAGGAGAGAGAGGUGCAGACGAUCAGAGACGUGGUGUUCACGAAAGAGAAGAGUAAAAGCGCGAAGCUGAGAUCAAAGAUAGUGAAGAAGAUUUUGCCGAAGAAGCUGAGGAGUUACAAGAAGAAUAGGAAGAUGAAGCUCGAAGAAAAAGAACGAGCGGUAGAGGUAGUAGAAGAAGAAGAGUUGUUGACUGAAGUUUCCAGUUUGUAUUCCGAGGAUAUAAUGGAGAGCAAAGUAUCUGAGGGAGAUGAGAUUGGUUCGAAUCCGCCAUUGUUGGAGAGCUGUGAAGAGAUCGAGGAAGAAGAAGAAGAAGAAUCAAAAGGGGAUCUAACGAAAGCGAUUGUGCUGAUGAUAGUGAUUGCUCUUGCUGGAUUGUUAAGCGGCAAAGUCGUAGCUAUUGGUCUGACACUCUCUUCGUGUCUGAUUCUGAGAUUGGUCUGCUGUAAAUCUCAAACUAGUCUCUGAACUCCAAAAAAGACUCGGCCUUUGAGAAAUUUUGUUUUGUUCUGUUUCCGUGGCAGUGGUGGGGCCUAUGGAUCAACGGGUUGCGGUGCUGAAAGGGAGUGUUGUUGGGUUGUUGGCAGUUCGAAGCUACAAUUGUUUGCUUAUGAAACUGUAAAUUAAAAACAAAAUCAUAUGAACAGAGGAAAUUGUUAGUGCUUUAUAUAAUGGUCAAAGAGUGAAAAGAAGUGGUUUACUGUGAAGGAGAACAAGUUAUCAGUGUCUUUUGAGAAAUUAAUUGUUAAUAGUGAAAGGCACUCGAGGCAGAGCAUUAACGUUUGUGUCGGCUAGAUCGUCAUUGUUAACAGUGAAAGACACCAUGGGAGAAUGUUGUUGAAUCUAUAGAU